AUGAAAGUCCAACGCGAUAAACUAAAAGCCUACAAGAAACGCAUCCAAGUCGUCCUCGAUCGAGAACAUGAGAUUGCUCGGGAGUGUCUCCGAAACGACCAAAAGGAUAAAGCCCUACUAGCCCUACGGAAGAGAAAGUUCCAGGAACAAUUGUUGAGCAAGACGGAUAAACAACUAGAAGCAUUGGAGCAGUUGACAUCGAACGUCGAAUUCGCUCUUAUCCAAAAGGAUGUCCUUUACGGCCUUCAACAAGGAAACACAGUCCUCAAGCAAAUCGAAAAGGAAAUGUCGCUAGAAAAGGCCGAGAAAAUCAUGGGUGACACCGAAGACGCAAUAGCCUACCAGAAGCAGCUUGACGAAAUCAUCACACGGAAUAUGAGUAACGAAGAUCAAGACGCCGUAGACGAGGAAUUCGAGUUAAUGCUUCGCGAGGCCAAAGCAGAACAGAGGGUACAGCAAGGAUUACCCCCAGAAGGAGUCCCAGCCAUGCCAAACGCUCCAAAUAGCGAGCCGGUAUCUUCGCUGGUAGAACCAACCGAAGAAGAAAAAGAAUUGAAGGCGAAAACCAAAGCAAGAGAACGCAAACAACAACUAUUAGCCGCUUAG